GAGCAUCCCCAAGGGCCGAGCUGAGCAUCCCCUUGGCCGGGCGGGGCAUUCUCGGGUGAAGGCGGAGCGUCCCCGCUCCGGCGUUCUUUGCUUCCCCCCGAUCCCGUCCAAAUCCAGCCCCUAACUCGACGGGGAGGAGCCGACAGAAGGAGAGGAGGGGGACGGACAGGCUGGAGGGGCAGGAUUUGCCCGAGAUUUACUCCUCCCGCCCCGCCGCAAUCUCUCCGCGCAGCACCGGCGGCAGUGGCCCGUCCCCGCAUGCGCUUCCUUCCUGCGGCGGGGAGGGUCGGAGCGUUUAUAAAUCGGGGCCCGGGAGAGAGAGACGGGAUGCCAGAGAUUUGCAGCACCGCUCGGUCCCUCCGCCGCUUGCCAUGCGGCGGCUCCCGCUGCCGCUGUCGCUGCUGCUGGCCGGGCUGGGGUUGGGGCUCGGCGGGGAGCUGGAGCCCGUCGCCGUCUCGGGUGCCCAGUGCUUGGAACACGACUGCUUCGGCAUCUUUUGGGCGAAGAAGUCCUUCGCGGAGGCCAGCAAGGUGUGCGAAAGGGGAAGCGGGCACCUGAUGACCGUCCGGUCCACCGUGGCCGAGGACGCCAUCGCCUUGCUGCUGCAGAACCGGAGCGGGACGUUGUGGCUGGGCUUGAGUUUGCCCCUUCCUUGCACCGAGCCCACUCAGCGCCUUCGCGGUUUCACGUGGGUGACCGGCGAUGGCCGCACCGAUUACACCAACUGGGCCCCGUCGGGGCGGCGCUGCUGGGAGCAGUGCGUCACCGUGUCCCGGGACCUGCGCUGGGAAGAGCGGCGCUGCGAGGAGCCGGCCGAUGGCUUCCUCUGCGAGUACAACUACGGCGGCAGCUGCCCCCAGCUACCUCCCGCCGAGGGGCUGCUCGUCACCUACACCACCCCCUUCGGCGCCCGCGGCGGAGACUUCCAGGCCUUGCCACCUCGCAGCACUGCCAGCGUCCCCGCCGUGGGGUUGGAGCUUCGUUGCGAUGAGGAAGAGAUAAGUGGGGGACUGCACUGGGGCCGUGACACCCCAGGAGCUUGGCCCUGCCGCCUGGCCAACGGGGGCUGCGAGGGGACGUGCAGCGAGGAGGGUGACCAGCCGCACUGCUCCUGCCCCGACGGCAAGGUGCUGGGCCCUGACGGGCGCAGGUGUGCCUCGCCCUGCGCGGGCACGUUGUGCCAGCAUCACUGCGUGGUGGAUGGCAGCAGCUUCCUCUGCAUGUGCGACACAGGCUACCAGCUGGCCGCCGACGGCUACAGCUGCGAGGACAUCGACGACUGUGUCAUCGUGCCCAAGCUGUGUGAACAGGUCUGCGUCAACACCAAUGGCGGCUUUGAGUGCCGCUGCGACAGUGGCUACGAGAUGCUGGACGGGCGAUGCCGGCGCAUCAACCACUGCGACGAGGCACACUGCGAGCAGCAGUGCGAGGAGCUGCCCGAUGGGUUCCUCUGCAGCUGCUACCCGGGCUACGCCGUUGACCCGCAGGACUCCACCCGCUGCCUGCUCCACUGCAACAGCAGCCAGUGCCCAGCUCAGUGUAACAUAGAUUUUGACUCCUGCGAGUGCCCUGAGGGCUUUCUGCUGGACAUGGACAAUGACGAGAGGAUCUGCGUGGACAUAGAUGAGUGUCAGUCCGACAGCUGUGAGCACAACUGCACCAACCACCCUGGUGGCUAUGAGUGCUCCUGCCAUGCUGGCUACCAGAUUCGUGACAAGAAUUCCUGCAUCAAGAUCACAGAGAGUGAGGAGGGAGAAUACUCGGGGGAUUUAGGACCUGCCUCCCAGACACCUGCAUCCCAGACGCCUGCCCCCAGCAGGACCCCACCGAAGGCAGAGUACCUUCACCCUGGCGUGCUGGUGGGCAUUGCAAUGGGUGCCCUCUCAGCGGCCCUGGUCUUGCUAGCCCUGGGCUACCACCUGGCAAAGAAGCGCUGCAGGUCCCCUGCCACCAUGGAUUACAAGUGCAGCAGCCCCCACGAGAAGGAGAUGGGACUUCAGCCGGUCACUUCGGUGUGUGCCACCCCCAGCCAGAAACUGUAGGGAGAGCGGGAUGAAGGGAGAGGGAGGUGGGUGGAACUGGGUAACAUUUACUCCCCUUACACCCCCUAUACCCCCCAUUUUCUAAUGGCAAAUUUGGGAAGAGCUGUCAUCACCCCCACUUCCAAAAGCAUUCCUUGCCUUCCAGCUGGCUCUUGCAGCACCAAGGAGUGGGGGAGGUGGAAGGCAUGAAGCUCCACUCAGCUUCUGCUGCCUUCCACUUUUCUUUACUCAAGCUGUCAAUCAGGGCAAAUUCUCUGUGUGUUACAGGAGGGGAACCGUGGCUGAGUUCAUUAUGGACUGUGGAAGGUCCACUGACCCCAAAUCCUCCUCAUCUUGCCUGGGAAGCUGGGCUGGAGAUGAGGAUUUUCCCAGGGUGUGGAGGAGCUGGGGUGCUCCUGCCUUUAUCUGGAUUGGAUUUAGAGGGUUUUUUUUAAGCUAAUGGGUGGUGGAAGAAGGAGCAAAACUCUGGUGGUCAGUACUUUGCCUUGCUUCUCUGCCUUCUUUUACCUCACCGACAGAAAUCUCCAUCUCCGUAUUGUGUCCCCACCACCUUUUGCCUCUAAGCUGAGCAUUUUUCCACCUUAAAUCGCUACCAUGAGGUGGGACCCUGCUAAGUGUCACCACAAGGGCUAGAUUGACAAUUUCCCACUGGUUUUGGGGUUAAACAGGGAUACUAAGAAUGCCAGAGUCAUUUUUUCCAUGUUAGGAAAGUUUCUUCGUGGCGCCAGGGAGCCUUGCAUCCCACACAUGAUUUCUUCAAGUAUUUUCUGCUCUUAUUGGGUUAAAAUCUUUGGGGUUUGGUUUGUUGCUUUUGUUUUUUGUUUGGGGGUUUUUUUUUAGUUAUCAAACGUGCUUAAUCAAUUCUUCUGGUCCAUAGGGAUUUUCCCCUGAUUUUCCUUUUAGUUUUGUCCAUGGCAGAACUUUUUCAGGGGCAGGGCAAGAUUCAUCCCUCUGCUUGCUUCCCGAGCACAGACUGAGGGAGAAAUCUGGGGCAAAAGGGCUUUUCUUGGUGUGUUUUCCAUCUCUGUUGUUUGGUGAGGCCAUGAGUGGCAUAGUGUUGAGACUGGAGGGUGGGGAGCGGUGUCCUGUUUUGGCACCCAGGCU